AUGACAACUACUACUAAGGUAACCGCUUUUGAUAAAAACCAACAAAAGGUCUUUGAUGACAUAAUUAUAAAUAAAUACAACGCGGUAGACAUAAUCGCUGAAAGAUUGGGUGGUGAAAUUGUCGCAGUAAGCAAUGAAUGGUUUGCCAAAGCCGAAAAUUUGAUCAAACCCAACAAGCCCAUAAGAGAUGCUACCAGGUUUGUAUAUCAAGGCGCAUGGUAUGAUGGAUGGGAAACAAGAAGACAUAAUAGUAAUGAAUAUGAUUAUGUUAUUUUUAAAAUAGGUGUUAGUAGUGCUUCCAUCAUUGGUUGUGAAAUUGACACUGCAUUUUUUGAUGGUAAUCAUGCUCCUUAUAUUAGUGUAGAGGCUUUAUACAAUACCAAUGAAGGCAAGGACGCAGUAAUUGAAGAAAAUAAUCCUGGGUGGGAAGAAGUUAUUGGGAAAAUGGAAUGUGGUCCUAGCCAAAAACAAUUCUUCCUAAGGGAUAAUGGCUUGACAUUAAAUAAAUAUACCCAUGUAAAAUUAAAGAUGUAUCCAGACGGUGGUAUUGCCAGAUUCAGAUUAUAUGGGAAAGUCAUUUUACCUGAAUUGAAUAGCGACAAUGUUAACACUGUAACCGACUUGUGUAAUGUUUGUAAUGGAGCUGUUGCUAUUAAAUGCUCUGAUGAACAUUUUGGUACUAUGAAAAAUUUAAUUUUACCUGGUAGAGGUUGUGAUAUGAGUGAUGGGUGGGAGACUAAAAGGUCUAGAAUUCCAAAUCAUGUAGAUUGGUCUAUAAUUAAAUUGGGCCGAAAAACUAGUUAUAUUGAUCAUAUUGUAGUUGAUACUGCUCACUUCAGAGGUAAUUUCCCUCAAUCCAUUAAGGUUUACGGUGCUUUGCAAUAUAAUGGUAACGAUGAUACCAAUUGGAUUGAAUUAGUUCCCCAAAGUAAAACUGGUCCAGAUAAAGAACAUUUAUAUCAAAUUAAAAAGAAUUUGGCUAUUAAUUAUAUUAAAUUGGUUAUUAUUCCAGAUGGUGGUGUUAAAAGAAUUAGAGUAUUUGGGUAUUGA